AGAGCUAGCCGUUUGGGGAAGGCGGAUUGGAACAGUAACUAGCUAACUGCAGUUGCCUUUUUGAAGUUAAUUCAUUCAUUGCCAUGACAAGGAAGUAGAACCUCCACCUUCAGGCGCAACAUACCUCUGAAUACUAGCUGCUGGGGAUAAACAAACAACGAAGAGGAGGCGGGGCUGUGCUUGUAAACGUUCUAGAAACUGUGAAAUAACUUGUGAUUGUGAUUGGAUCUUCUUGUUUUUCCUAGACUAAGAUGGCUGGAGCAGAGAUCUGGUGACAUUUGAGGAUACCGCUGUGCAUUUUUUAGAGAGUGAAUGGGCUCUGUUGGAUCCCCAUCAAAAAGCCCUGUACAAAGAUGUCAUGCAGGAGAAUUAUAGGAAUGUGACCUCGCUGGCAGGCAACCCUGUUCUCAAACCUGAACUGAUUUCCCAGCUGGAACAAGGAGAAGAGCCAUGGGUGAGGGACCCCAGGGUGUUGCAGGAGGCAGAAGUCCCCCCGUAUACCAACUUAGGUGGAGGAGCAGCAUCCCCAGUUACCGCAGCUGUUCGGCCAACCACUUCGGUGAAGUUUGCCCGUCGCAGAGCAUGGCAUAGAGAAUGGAGAGUCCCGGGGCGACAGCGAUAUCAGCAGCUACUCUGGCAGAUGAGGUGUCUACGAACGAUGUUCUCGGCGAGAAACGAGCUUCUGAAGGUGAUCCGAUCCGUCGAAGGGACCCACCACCGAAUGGAAGAGUCGCUGCUGCGGUACCUGGGCAGGCAGAGCCAGCUCCUGGAGCAGCUGGAAAGCAUGCUUGCGGUCAUGAGGCUGAAUGAGGAGGAUGACCAGAAGGCCAGCAGAUGCCUGGACGGUGAACGCCUGGACCACCUCGAACUGCGGCUAGACAGGCUGCAUGCGAAUGUGCUUGCCAUGCAGGCUGUGACACGUCCGGGGUGUCCUGCCCCUGCCCUCCUAAACUGAUCCCGGGGCGGCCCUUGACUGUGUCCUGUGCUGUUUGACCUCCAGACCUUUGUUGGCUUUUGCCUGGUUUCCCCACUUGAUCCCUCACCCCGCAUAAACCUGCCCAUGGCAGGCGCCUCAGCCUUUCGGUGGCCUUCCUCCUGCUCUUGGCUUCAUCCACUCGAUGCUGUUGCCAUCCCUGUCCAGGGAUGUGUGUGUCGUCGUUGGCUAGACCACUUCCCCUCUUCUAGCCUCCGAAGCUUUAAGGGUCCUCACUUCCACUUAAGCUAGGAUUUCUCUCCACACUGUGUUCAAAAUAAAACGGUUUUGUUCUGCA